GAGGAAAUUGCGUUUGGCGACCUCAGCAAGCAGUCUCUUCGCAAAAUAACUGGUUUUAAGAAGAUCCAGUUAUGCGGAGAGCAAGCUGCUCGUGACAGAUUAGAUCACUUCUGGGUCGACACUUGCUGUAUCGACAAGAUGAACCACGUCGAACCUUCAGAGGCCAUUAACUCUAUAUUCCGCUGGUAUCGUGGGGCGGCAGGAUGCUAUGUAUAUCAAGCGGACGUUUCGGGGCAAAGUUCCGAGAUAAGGACAGGGAAAGCUGACUUUCAAGGGGGUCGAUGGUUUACCGCAGCUGGCCACUGCAGGUGCUGCUUGCACCAACUUCGGUUCAGUUUUUCUCCUGCGAGGGCAUAUCGAUCGGGGAUAAGACAUCUCUUAAGUCGCUAAUCCGGGAUAUCACCAGUAUCCCAACGGAGGCUCUUCUUCAAGAGAAGCCUCUAUCUGACUUUGCAAUCGACGAGUGUAUGGAAUUGGCAGCAAAACGCAAAACAACCAAACGAGAGGAUCAA